AUGCAUUCACAGGGGAAGAGCGGCUUUGGAGUCGCCCACGACUUCAAGGGCUCUUUGAAGGAAGAGGCUGACUUCCCAAUUCUCUGUGAAACAUGUCUUGGGGAAAACCCUUACGUCCGCAUGCAGAGAGACAGGAACGGGAAGGAGUGUCACAUCUGUACUCGUGCUUACACCGGAUUCAGGUGGAAGCCCGGACCCAAAGCUCGGUAUAAAUGCACGGUUGUGUGCCAGCAAUGCGCGCGUCUGAAGAACGUGUGUCAAACCUGCCUCUUCGAUCUGGAGUACGGCUUGCCUGUUCAGGUACGAGACAGGAUAAUGGGUGAGAGUCGUGUUUCUCUGCCCGAGCAUCCGGUAAAUCGCGAGUAUCUAAAUUCGCGUAUGGGGGGCCAGACGGAGGACCUACCUUACGGGAAGAGCGAGGAGAUAGACCAAAGGCUCCGCCGAAUCGCCCGCACCACUCCAUACUACAGGCGCAACCUACCAAGAGUUUGUUCCUUCUGGCGCAAGGGAGAGUGCACACGUGGAGACGAAUGCCCAUACUUACACCAGGAAUUAUACACAGAUCCGGCUUUAGCAACCCAGAACAUGAGGGAUAGGUACGUUGGGCAGGACGACCCUGUGGCGGAGAAGAUCUUCCGUCUUGCUUCAACCCGAUCUCAGGAGGAAACAGCCCCACCUGCAGACGAGUCGAUAACCACCAUCUUUGUGGGGGGAGUGCUGGAGGCUGUACGGGAGAGCGACCUGAUGGAGCGCCUGUAUGGGUAUGGGGAGAUUUUGGCGAUUAGAAUGAACCCUCAGAAAAAAAUGGCAUUUGUAUGCUUCGCGGAGAGAGCAGGAGCUGUUGCCGCUAUGAAGCAACUAGCCGGAACGCUCACCAUCAAUGGGGUCACCAUGAGGGUUGCAUGGGCGAAGCCCAAGCCUAAGCCAAGUGUUGCUGGCGCAGAGGGUAGUGCUGCCGCUGGCUCUUCCAGCGGCAGUGGCAGCGCCACAACUACGUCUGGUACUCCUAUGCCAGCUCCAGAGGGCUACCUUGCCUCUCCUGUGCCAGGGCUUCCCCCUGUUCCGCUCCUGCCAGGAAUGCCUGCCCCCCCGCCUGCAGUGAUGGGAGGAUCUGUGCCGUACCGUUCGAUGAUGCCGUCCGAGGCAGAACUCUCUAGAAAGUAG